AUGGCGGCCCGCCCUGCGGGGGUGGCCGCCGCCACCCUCCGCGCACCACCGCUGCUCCUGCUGCUCCUGCUGCUGCUGCUGCUGGCCCAGGCCCGGCUGGCGGCAGCGGCAGCAGCAGGCUCGGCCAGCGGCGAAGCCGGGUCCGAAGUGGCCGUCAUGCUUCGGCUGCGAGAGGUGGCAUACGCGAUAGGCAUCCGCCAGGCGGCCGUGUGGCAGGGCUGGGCGCCCGGCGAUCCCUCUCCCCACUGCUCCUGGAUGCACGUGAGGUGCAACGAGCGCGGGCGCGUGACCAAGCUGUCGAUGUGGGUGUGGCCGACGCUUGCGCACGGUCGGCCUGUGACGGCCGCGGCCGCCGCCGAUGACGCCGAUGACGCCGACGCCGACGCCGCGGGCAGCAGCAGCACCGAGGCCGCAAAGGCGGCGGUGCUGUCGGAACUCACCCAGCUACGGGAGCUGGUUUCCCUGGAGCUGGGUCACAUGCUGGAGCCGUUGCCCGCCGGCUGCAUCCCGGCCAGCUGGUGCCAGCCAGGCGCCUUCCCUCGCCUCGCCAAGCUGGCGCUGGCCGCGCGCUGCCUGCCGGGGCCGCUGCCCGCUAUGCAGCCGGGCGCACUGCCCUCCCUAGCGGUCCUGUCGCUCGCCAUCUUCUCCCCGCUCCCUCCCCACGGCCUGCCUCCCAGCUGGGGCGCCUCCCCCGCGGUGCUGCCCUCCCUGCGAGACAUGCACCUCAGCCUGUCGCCCGCGCCAGUGGUGCGCCUGCCCCGCCAGUGGGCCGGCGGCUUCCCCAGCCUGGAGGUGCUCCGCAUCGAUGUCCUAGGCAUCCCCUCCCGCAAGGCGCCGGGGGCGCCGGCGCCCUGGCCGGCCGCGCAGGCGCCGGCGCCGGCGCCUUCGUCGGCGCCCGCUUGCGCGCCACCCGCCGUCGCUCCCGGGCAGGUGCAGAGCGGGGGGUGCGAGGCGGGGGGCCUCCCUCCGGAGUGGGCCUCUGGCUUCCCAGCCCUGGCGGCGCUGAACCUCGUGGGCCUGCCGCUGGGCGGCUCCCUGCCUCAGGCCUGGGUGGACGGCGGCCUGCCCUCCGUGAGCAGCCUGAUGCUGGGCGGCCUCAGCCUCACCGGCACCCUGCCCCCCCAGCUCUUUGCCCGCCACCCGCGCCUGCGCGAGCUCUGGCUCGACGACAACCGCCUGUCGGGCAGCCUGCCUGCAGAGUGGUCCAAAGCCCAGCUGCUGCAACUGGACCUCGCUCGUAACAGCCUGACCGGCCCCGCCUUCCCGCCCGCCUGGCUGGCGGCGGGCGCACUGCCCGCGCUGGCCGCCCUGCGCCUGUCUGGCAACCCGGGCCUGACGGGUACCCUGCCCGCCGCCCUCACCUGGCCGGCCCUGCGAGGCCUGGAGGUGCAGGGAACCGGCGUGUCUGGCAGCGUACCCGACAGCUGGUGCCAGGCGCCCUUUGCCGAGAUGCUGUUCCAACAGUGGGUGCAUUUCGGCGUGGAUGGCGCAGGCCCUCCGCUGCCACCCUGCGCCCUGGAGCUGGUGCCUCAGCUGGAUUGGGGAGGGGUGGCCAACGGCAGCGGUGGGGCGCUGGGUGGCGCGGCGGGAAGCCACGGGGAAGCUGGGCAGAUGGUACUGGUCAUCUGCCUGGCCACCCUGGUGCCGCUGGCGGUGGUGGCGGCCGCGGGCGCCGCGGGCAGGGCGCUGUGGCGGCGCCGCCUGCGCCGCACGCAGCAGCAGCGGCGGGAGCGCGACCGGGAGAGCCUGCUGCGGCGGGGUUGGGCGGGCGAGGGCGGCGGCGGCGGCGGCGCCGCGGCGGCGGCGGCGGCAGGAGGCGGCGGGGCGGGCCCCGGCGGCAGCACAGGCAGGUGGGCCCGCCUGGCAGCGCUGGUGAGGACCACCCUGGGUUCCCGCAGCGGCGGCAUAGAGAUGCUGCCGCCAGGCGCCCUCCCGUCUUCCCUGGUGCACCAGCUGGGAGCGCGGCGGCAGCGCAGCGGCGGCGGCGCAGCCCCAGUCGGCCACACCGUCAGCGCCGCCAGCAGCCGGGGGUCGGCAGAGGCGGCGGAGGCUGCGGUGCCCGGCAGCGGCGGCGCGGCGGCCGAUGCGCGGCGGCUGCUGCUGCCCGGAGGGGCCGGGAGCGGCGGCGGGGCUGAAGUGGAGUCGGGCCAGCGCGCUCACAGCACGCACAGUGUGCACAGCACGCGCAGCAUGCCGUCGGCACCCCCCAGCAAGCCAGCCAGCGAGGCGCUGGGCGGCUCCGGGCUGCGGUGA